AUGACCGCCGCCAUGCCAGCGUCAUCCCUCGACCCGCCCGCUCGUCGCUGGUCCUUCGCGCCCACUGCCGUCUUGGCCUGCUGCUUCUCCGCCUCGCCUGCGGACCGGGAAUGCGCGGGAAAUCACGGUAAACCGCAACGAGCGGUGACUUCAUCGGAUGCAGGUGUUGCUGUGUGCGAUCCCUCGGCGCAUGCCCAUGACCGCGAGGAUCGCAACAUCGCAUGUGCCCAAUCAUACAACACUCACAGCGUCGGAGCAAACGGUAUCCGCAAAUUCGAUGGCAGCAGCUCGGAGACCCCGGAUGCCAAAGGCGCUGUCGGCUCGCGUUGCCCUGCGCCACAUGCGGACGCCAGGCGUAGCGCCACUGCCGGAGCCGGAUCCGGAAAAUGCGCCGACGGGCUCGCCGGUGAGGGCGGUCGGAGUCGGCUCUCCCGCUUGCUGUCUUCGAUCCGCCGCAAGCGCCGCCGGCAGCCAGGCUCGCGGGGGGGACAGCCGCACGGCGGUGGGCAACGCGACGCGGAAAGGAGGGUGGGAGGGGAGGGCGGAGAGCCGGCGCCUGGUCCAGACGAGGCGCGGGACGUGUGGGAGGCGGCGGAGACCGGCGGGCUGAGCGCGUGGGUGGUGCCCGCGGUAGCGGCGGCUAACGCGGCGACGGCUGCGCUGGGCGACCUUGUUAUGGGCGGCGGGCGCUUCUGCUUCCCGUCCCACCGGACCUUCCCGCCGCUCGCAUCACUGAGCCGCUCCCGCAGCGUCAGUAGCGCCCACGAUGCCGCGGCGGAUAGUUCGCGCAGCCGCGGAAGCGUGUUGGGGCGGAACGCCAGCCUUGAGCGGAAUGCGGGUGGCGAAUCCGCGCGUGCUGGCGCAAGCCAAGGGGGAGGCGCAGAGACAGGCGACUGGGAGAAGAGCGAGAGGCGCGGCACAGACGCGCCUCAAGAAAGCGGAGCGCGCGAGGAUUCGACGUGGGAGAUUGAAGGGCAGUCGACGGCGGCCGCGGAUAGCGAAGGCCGUGAGGAGGAGGGGGGUGACGCGUGGAGGGCAGGAGGGGGGAUCUGGGGUAGCACGUGCCAAGCUAGGGACUCGGAGGAGUGCGGGGACGGGGAGAAGGCGUCGGCAGCGGGUCUAGAGAAACGCUUGCUUCCCCAGGAGGCGAAAGGGGAGGAGGAAGGUAGCGAGGAGAGUAAAGCGGGCAGGAAUGGGAUCACGGGUGGUGCGUUGGAGGGCAGUGCUGGCGCGGCUACUGGCAACGGCGCGAGGCGGGCGGGCAAGCCGGUGAAUCGCGCGUGGCACCACAGGGGCGCGUCGGAGGGCGAGGGGGCGAGCGCGCGCCCCUCCUCCAGCAGUGGUGCCGUCAGCGCCUCCCCCAUGCCUCCCCUGCCGCCCCGACCGCAAACGUCCGCAGCGGUGAGGGAUGGGAAGGGCGGAGGGGAAGGGGCGCGGGCAAUACAGGGCGGGGGAGAUGUGCAGGUGCUGCGGAUGGAGUGGGGGAGUGGCGGGGAGGCGGGGUGGGUAGUGAGGCACGGGCGACAGCAGCGCAGGCAGCUGCAGGCACAGCAGGAGGAGGAGGAGGAAGAGGCGCAUGUGGAGGAGAGCGAGGAGGUGCAUGCGGUGGGUGAGGGCUCGCCGCACUCGCAUGCCAGUGCGAGUGGCAGUGGGGGCCGGCAUGGUGCAGGUGAAGUUGACACGGCAGCGGGGAGCGGUGGUGGCAGCAGCAGGAUGAAGUCGGGGUGGGGAGGGGAUGGCAGGGAAGCAUGUGUGCGGCAUGCUCGGUCGCGGUCCAUGGCAGUGAGCCUGCCGUCCUCCUCCACGCUCGUCCACGUGCACCCCUUCCAGCAACGCGUUCGCAUGUUCACCACCGCCUCCACAUCCCCCUCCGCGCACGCUCCCCCGACGCUCACUGCCUCCGCUGCCCCGGUGCCUGCUGACCGCGCAUGUGUACGGUCAGUCGGUGCGCGCCCGAGCACUGAAGGGUGGCCGGAGCACACAGCGGAGGCUGGAGCACCCAUGCUGCAGGCGUCGCCGCGAGUGCAGAUGCUGCAGCGCCCCCAUUCCGCUGGUGGACGGCGCCCCAACUGCAGCUGCCUGAGCUGCAGCGGUGGCAGCGGUGGUGCCAUGCGUCAUAGCGCUGGCCCCCUCGCUCCUUGCACUCGCGACCGCAGUGAUGACAAGAGCGCACUGCACAGCCAGCCGUGGGGCGACAGCGGGCAAGCACUCGAGCCACCCUCUGCGCAUGAGGGCUCUGGGCUCCCUGCUCUCGAUGCAGGCACUGACAGUCUGGUGCCACUGGCCCCAUGCUCCCCUGCUCACAGCAGAGGCGCAGUGCCACGGAGUGCCAGUGGCAGUGCUGGUCGCAGCAACAUACUGAGGAGCAGCAGUGGGAGCAGUGCCGCCAGGCCCGUGCGCCGGGUUGCAGAGAGUGACGCGCAUAGCACCAGCUCCCCAACCACCUUCCACGGAUCCCCUGCCCCUACCAAUCGCAGCCCCAUGCGCCCCCCCCUGGCUGCCGUCCCUUGGGAGCAGGGAGUGGCGGGUGGUGGAAGAUCAGGGGUGGCACAGUCAGGCGUGGGCAGGCCGGGCAGGACGAGGAAGGUGAGGCGGUGGGCGAGUGAGGACUUCAGGGAUGCCAUGGGCGUGGGGCAGUCGCCAGGCAGUAUGCCGCAGGCGGGGGGGAGGGAGGCAGGGAGUGGGAGCGAGAGGGAGGCGGGCACGGUAAGAAGUAGUGCCCCGUGGGCCAGCAGAGGGCAGGCCAUGGACAGUGCGGGGGAGUUGAUGCAGCAGUCUGAGUGGAUGGGGGAGGAGAGGGGGUCAAGGUGGGCAGUGGAGGGGUUUGGAUCUCCAGUGGGCAGUGGUGAUGAGGCUAGGGAGCACAUGGGCAGAGAGCAGGAGCGGAGGAUGAGAAGGAGGGGGGUAGGGCAGAGGGUAUCACGAGAGAGGGCGACAGGGGUGGUAGAUGACUGGGAGGACCCCGAGUGCAGAAAUGUAGGGAGUGGGGAUAUAGAGAAUGGGGGUGGCAGUGGGCAUGCGAGGGUAGGGGCAGGUCCUCGGCCGUCCAUGCGAGAGGCAGCGGUGACCGCACAGCUUAACGACCUGCGACAAGCCUUGCAGUCUGGUGAUAGUCAGAAGCACCAGGCAUCAGAGCUGCGAAAUGAAGCGGAACCCGACGAGUUUCCUCCGACUUCCUCUAUCUCUGCCACUGUUUCAAACCGUCUUGCGCUUCUGCCUCUUCCGAUCUCUGUUGCGAACCUUGGACUCGCGCAUCGACCCUCCUUCCCCACCUUCCUUUCCAUGGCCCUGCCUUCCGUACAACCGUACCCGCUAAGUAGUGUCGUGAGUUCCACGGCCAGUGACUGCAACUCGCAGCAGUUGCAGUGGGAGGAGUUGCAACACAAGGGUCGACAGCAGGUGGCUGCAUUUGAAGCUGUAUACGAAGGACCCACCGGUCGCCCUCCCCCCUGGGGAGCUCGCUGGCCAGCACUGCACAGGACCCACCGGUCCUCCUCCCCCCUGGGGAGCUCGCUGGCCAGCACCGCACAAGACCCACCGGGCCUCCUCCCCCCUGGUGAGCUCGCUGGCCAGCACCGCACAGGACCCACCGGUCCUCCUCCCCCCUGGGGAGCUCGCUGGCCAGCACCGCAAAGGACCCACCGGGCCUCCUCCCCCCUGGUGAGAUCGCUGGCCAGCACCGCACAGGACCCACCGGUCCUCCUCCCCCCUGGGGAGCUCGCUGGCCAGCACCGCACAGGACCCACCGGUCCCCCUGGGGAGCUCGCUGGCCAGCACCGCACAGGACCCACCGGUCCUCCUCCCCCCUGGGGAGCUCGCUGGCCAGCACCGCACAGGACCCACAGGACGUGGACGUGGACGUGGACGUGGACGUGGACAUGGACGUGGACAUGGACGUGGACGUGGACAUGGACGUGGACAUGGACAUGGACGUGGACAUGGACGUGGACAUGGACGUGGACGUGGACAUGGACGUGGACUGGACGUGGACGUGGACGUGGAUAUGGACGUGGACGUGGACGUGGACGCGGACAUGGACGCGGACGUGGACGUGGACGUGGACAUGGACGUGGAUAUGGACGUGGACGUGGACCUGGACGUGGACGUGGACGUGGACGCGGACAUGGACGCGGACGUGGACGUGGACGUAGACAUGGACGUGGACAUGGACGUGGACGUGGACGUGGAGAUGGUUGGGACGUGGACGUGGACGUGGACAUGGACGUGGACGUGGACGUGGACAUGGACGUGGACGUGGACGUGGACGUGGACGUGGAGGUGGACGGGGACGUGGACGUGGACGUGGACGUGGAGGUGGACGUGGAGGUGGACGUGGACGUGGACGUGGAGGUGGACGUGGAGGUGGACGUGGACGUGGACGUGGACGUGGACGUGGGCGUGGACGUGGACGUGGACGUGGAAGUGGACGUGGGCGUGGACGUGGACGUGGGCGUGGACGUGGGCGUGGACGUGGGCGUGGGCGUGGGCGUGGGCGUGGACGUGGGCGUGGACGUGGACGUGGACGUGGGCGUGGACGUGGACGUGGACGUGGACGUGGACGUGGACGUGGACGUGGACGUGGACAUGGACGUGGACAUGGACGUGGACGUGGACGUGGACGUGGACGUGGAGAACUUUGACGUGGACAUGGACGUGGACGUGGACGUGGACGUGGACGUGGUCGUGGACAUGGACGUGGACGUGGACGUGGACGUGGACAUGGACGUGGACGUGGACGUGGACGUGGACAUGGACGUGGACAUGGACGUGGACGUGGACGUGGACGUAGACGUGGACGUGGACGUGGACGUGGACACGGACGUGGACGUGGACGUGGACGUGGACGUGGACACGGACGCGGACGUGGACGUGGACCGGACGUGGACGUGGACGCGGACGUGGACGUGGACGUGGACGUGGACGCGGACGUGGACGUGGACGUGGACGUGGACGCGGACGUGGACGUGGACGUGGACAUGGUCGUGGACGUGGACAUGGAGGUGGACGUGGACGUGGACAUGGACGUGGACAUGGAGGUGGACAUGGACGUGGACGUGGACGUGGACGUGGACGUGGACAUGGACGUGGACGUGGAUUGGACAUGGACGUGGACGUGGACGUGGUCGUGGACGUGGACGUGGACGUGGACAUGGACGUGGACGUGGACGUGGACGUCGUCGUGGACGUGGACAUGGUCGUGGACGUGGACGUGGACGUGGACGUGGACGAGGACGUGGUCGUGAACGUGGAUGUUGA